GGCGCCGUGGAAGGGGGCAAACAGAGGAAAGGAGACUCCGGCGAGCGAAGUGCAGGUGAGGCCAUGGCGGACAAGCCGAGCCGCGCGCUGGUCCUCUACGCCGCCGGCCACGCCACGGUGCUCACUCCCCCGGCGGGCUCCGCAGCCGCGGGGAGCCACCUCGACGCGUUCGCCUCCCGCGCCUCCUGCGGCCUUCUCACCCUCCGCUCCCCGCCGGCUUCCCAUCCCACGACCGGCGCGGAGGAUAAUAGCAGCACGAUUCUGGAGCUGGCGCAGUUGCUCGACGUUUAUGAUCAUCUCUACCCCGGAAAGAAUGCGGAUAGUGGUCAAGAAGUUGCCCAAGUGGAUCCACAGGAGCUAGUGGUUCCCAAGCUGUCUGAGAGGUUUAUGGGCCUGAGAGCUGCCUUGGUCACCAGUUGUCCCCGCGUCAGCUCCUUUGCGGCGAAUCUUGGUUUCCAAGUUUUUCAGACCAAUGAUUUCGCCCCUCAAUCUGCCUCAUCCGGCGUUACUAAAGAGGUUGGAUUAAUCAACCGAGCAUUUGAUCUGCUUGGAUUCUCGGAUGGGAAUGUGCAGGAAACAUCUGAGUUCGAUCUAGUUUUCAUGCAUGUUGCCAUGGAGAACACAAGCAGCAAGUUAGGAAAAUUAGGAAUGAAGACAGAUCUCAAUCGGCUGGAGAAAUUAGUUGGUGCAGUCAUGGAAUCUGCGCCUGUUGGUUCAGCUAUUGCUUCACGUAUUCAUGUAUCUGUCAUUUUGAGCUAUGGGUCUGCUUCUGGAAAUAAGGAUGAGUUUUCCCUAUUAACCUCUUCGACCGAAGCAGAUUCAGACUUGAAUCUACUGCGCCCACGCCAGAGCUACACAAUGAAAGCAGGACAUACAUUAGAUGAUGUCAGACUUCAUCAUCCAAUUCUACUGGCACAGUGGCAGGAAGGAGUUACACGUGUUGAUUUGGCUAAAGGGUUUUCUUUUGAGGAGUUUAUAAAGCAUGGUGGAAACCUUGCUAUGCUUGCUGAGCGCUUUCUACAUGAGGUGGCAUUUAAGCUCUGGAAAGCACCCAAAUAUGGGGCUUGAGGGUGUCCAGCAUUGGCUAGGCGUCGGAUAAAUAAACAUCCAGAUGCGUUUCCAUUUUGGAAAUGAAAAUGACGAAUAAUGCAAGACAUGUGAGUUUUCAUAUGAAGUGUACCAUGGACCGGCCCCUAAUUCGAUAAACUGUUGGAGAUUGUUACUGAUCCAACCAAUGGAAAUCUGUAGCGAAACAAUAUGAGGUUUUCUUAUGAAUAGAGUUUCCCAGGGUCUUUGUGCAGUGAUCCCCUGCCUAUAUAUAUAAUCUAAACAUGUCUAA